AUGGAUAAUGAAACUACUAUAUGUAUUUGUCCUCGAUGUCUUCAGAAAAAUCCUCUUGGAGUUUCUAUAACUAAAAAAACAGCCUUAAAUCAUCAACGAGCAUUUUUAUGGGUUCAACAACUUGAAGAACAAAUUGAUGAUAGCUAUGUUAAUUUUAAUACACGUCAUUUAAAAAAAAAAAAAAAAGAAAAUGAAUUUAAUGAAGAAAAAGAUUAUAAUAGCAAUUUAAAUUUAAUGAAUAUUGAAGAAAAUGAAUUUGAUGAAGAAGAAAAUUAUAAUUAUCAAUAUAUAGAAUCUAGUGACUUUAAUGAGACAAUACAAUUAAGUCCAAAUUUAAGUCAAAAUUCAUCAAUUUAUACCAAUGAUAAUAAUUCAGAAAAUUCAUUUAAUAGUCAAGAUAAUAAUUCAGAAAAUUCAUUUAAUAGUCAAGAUAAUAUUGAUGAUUUGUAUCAAAACUUUGAAAUAGAAGAAUACUCAAAUGAUAUACUUUUAGAAACCAAUGAAGAUUUAACAAAUAAUCAUAUUUAUUAUCCUUUAAAACCUCCUCGUAGUUAUUCCAAAUUUCCAAAAUAUAAUAUACGAGACCUUCCACUUCGUAAUCAUAAUAAGUAUGAUAAAUUAAGUCAAGAAUGGCAAAAAUUAUCAACUGAUAAAGCUAAAAAGAAAUUUUCACAAGAAACAG